AUGGCAAAGAGGACUGUGUCACUGCUGCUACUGCUGGUGGUGGUGCAUGUCUUUGUGCCAGCUUCUACACAAGUCUGCAGUCUGCUUGGUCAACCUGCCUUUCCUGUACUUUCUUCAGAAAGAGACAUCAACAUUGGAGCGAUUUUCUCAAUUCACAGAAAUGCUCUGCUAAAGAUGCAUCCUUUCACUUCCAAACCAAAGUCAACAACAUGUGUCAGGUUAAACUUGCGUGAAUUUAAAUUUGCUCAGACAUUUAUUUUUGCCAUUGAGGAGAUAAAUAACAGCACUCAGCUGUUGCCUGGUGUUUCUUUGGGCUAUAAAAUAUAUGAUGCCUGUAACUCUAUAGAUCUGGCUAUCCAAUCAGGUAUGGCUUUGAUGAAUGGCUAUGAAGAGAUUUUGAGUGAUAUAUUCUGCUCUAGAUCACCAGCUGUUCAGGCCAUUGUUGGAGAGUCAUCGUCCUCUCCUACCACAGCUUUGGCUACUGUGGUUGGGCCAUUCAACAUACCUGUUAUCAGUCACUUUGCCACAUGUGCAUGCCUGAGUAACAGAAAAAGAUAUCCAUCCUUCUUUAGAACAAUACCCAGUGAUUAUUACCAAAGCAGAGCGCUUGCACAGCUUGUCAAGUAUUUUGGCUGGACCUGGGUUGGGACAGUCAGGAGUCACAGUGACUACGGUAAUAAUGGGAUAGCAGCAUUUGAAGAGGCUGCAAAACAAGAAGGGAUCUGUAUUGAAUACUCAGAGGCCGUAUUAAGAACUGAUCCACAAGAACAGUUUCUGAAGACACUGGAAGUGAUAAAAAAAGGCACCGCCAGGGUGGUGGUGGCUUUUAUCUCUUUAGGAGAUUUUGUCCCCCUCCUGAACGUGAUUGCAGAACAUAACAUCACAGGGAUACAGUGGGUUGGCAGUGAAUCAUGGAUAACAUCUCGAAAUCUUGCAGAAACAAAAGAAUAUAGUUUCCUCUUUGGAGCUGUAGGCUUUGCUGUAGUGAACGCCAAACUUAUGGGUCUGCGAGAGUUCCUAGUGAAUGUGCACCCUGAUCAAGAACUAAAAAAUGAACUUUUAAAAGAAUUCUGGGAAACAGCUUUUCAGUGCUCUUUCAGUACCAGUGGCUGUACUGGCUCAGAGAAACUUUCAGAGCUGCAAAAUGAAUAUACUGAUGUUUCAGAGCUACGGAUAGAACAUAAAGUGUACACUGCAGUGUAUGCUGUUGCACACACACUGCAUGAAGUUUUAAAAGACUUUAAAUCCUCCACCAACAGCAGCAAAGGAGAGCUGCUCACACCAAAAAAGGUAUCACAGUAUAUGAGAGAUGUGAGCUUCACUAUGAAAACAGGUGAAAAUAUCUUCUUUGAUGUAAGUGGUGAUCCAGUGGCGAGAUAUGACCUGGUUAACUGGCAGCCUGCUGAGGAUGGAAGUCUGCAGUUUAAACAUGUGGGCUUUUAUGACAGCUCACUACCUUCAGAGCAACGUCUUCAGUUCAAUCAGGAACAGAUGCUAUGGACAGGGAAGAGUGGACAGUUGCCUGUGUCCGUGUGCAGUGAGAGCUGCCCUCCUGGCACUAGGAAGGCUGUGCAAAAAGGCCGACCUGUCUGCUGUUAUGACUGUAUUCCGUGUGCAGAAGGAGAAAUCAGUAAUGGCACAGAUUCUAGUGACUGCUUUCCUUGUGAUUUCGAGUACUGGUCAAAUGAAAGCAAAGACAAAUGUGUAUUAAAAGUGGUUGAAUUCCUUUCCUAUACAGAAAUCAUGGGGAUGGUGCUUUGUAUUUUCUCCUUCAUUGGGGUGUUAUUAACAGCAAUGGUAUCUUUUCUGUUUUAUCUUCAUAAAGAAACACCUAUUGUAAGAGCCAACAACUCAGAGCUGAGCUUCCUGCUGCUCUUCUCACUCUCACUGUGUUUCCUCUGUUCACUUACUUUCAUUGGUCGGCCCACUGAGUGGUCCUGUAUGUUGCGUCACACAGCAUUUGGGAUCACUUUUGUCCUCUGUAUCUCCUGUGUUCUGGGGAAAACAAUAGUGGUCUUAAUGGCCUUCAGGUCUACACUACCAGGAAGUAAUGUCAUGAAAUGGUUUGGGCCUGCACAACAACAACUCAGUGUUGUUUCCUUAACAUUAAUACAGGCGAUUGCCUGUGUGCUUUGGUUAACAAUAUCACCUCCUUUCCCAUAUAUGAAUUUAAGCUAUUAUAGAGAAAAGAUCAUUCUAGAAUGUAACGUAGGUUCAACUCUUGGUUUCUGGGCUGUUCUGGGUUAUACUGGCAUGCUAUCAAUCUUGUGUUUUGUUUUAGCCUUUUUUGCUCGUAAGCUGCCUGAUAACUUCAAUGAAGCCAAGUUCAUCACAUUCAGUAUGCUCAUAUUCUGUGCUGUCUGGCUCACAUUUAUUCCAGCUUAUGUCAGUUCUCCUGGAAAAUUCACUGUAGCUGUGGAGAUAUUUGCCAUUUUAGUUUCAAGUUUUGGUUUACUAGUUUGCAUAUUUGCCCCAAAAUGUUACAUAAUUUUGCUAAAACCAGAGAAAAACACAAAGAAACAAAUGAUGGGGAAAUCUUCAUCUAAAGCUCUUUGA